AUGCGUUACGCAGCGGCCUACGUAUUAGCAAUUUUAGCUGGAAACACAACUCCUGAUGUUAAAUCAAUAUCAAAAAUAUUAGGAAGUGUUGGUAUCGAUUGUGAUGAAACAAAAGCUAAAAAAGUGAUUGAUGCAUGUAAAGGAAAAGAUGUAAAUCAGUUAAUUGAAGAAGCACCAGCUGCAGCUGCAGCAACAACCGCACCAAGUGCCGGCGCCGACAAGAAGAAAGAAGCGGAAAAAGCAGCACCUAAGAAAGAAGAAAAGAAAGAAGAAUCGGAUGAUGACGAUAUUGGUGCACCAUCGUUAUUACAGAUGGAUGUUAACGAUAUAGACGAAGAAACCGAAGAAAAGGAAAAAACACGAACAGAUGAUGAUGAUGAUGAUGAUGGUGAAACUCCUAUUGUAUUAGAAAAAUGGAAUUGUUCAUUUUGUACCUAUGCCAAUUUUGCAUCGUCUAAGCUAUGUACAAUGUGUCGUGUAGAACGUCGUCUAGAUGAAAAUGAAUUGACUAUUUCAUCCGAUAUUUACCAGUUGAACUCAUCCGAGCAACCUAUUACAUCAUACAUUGAUUCUGUGGAAAAAUGGCCAUGCCAAAUUUGUACAUAUUUAAAUUAUCCAAAAUCGAUGAAAUGUAUACAAUGUCGUUCAACACGUGUUACUUCAACUAUAACACCAGCACAAGUACAACGUUCAUUAUCUACAAAUGAUAAUGAUCGAAUAUCGCCACCUCAAACUCCUGCAACAUCGUCAUCAUCAUCAACAACAAAUCUACUAUCGGACUCAAAAAUAAUUGCACAACGGCUAAGAAAAUGGAUGUGUAAAAAGUGUACAUACGAAAAUUAUCCGUCAUCAAAAAAAUGUGUUAUGUGUUUACAUUUGCGUGCAAACAAUCUAUCGUCAUGCACUUCAUCGUCUUCAUCAUCCACUUGUGGACAUACAACUGACGAAGAACAACGUAUGAACGCUAUUAAUAAAUCAAUGGAAAACAUAGCGGUUGAUCGAAAAGAAAAACGUGAAAAACGUACAAUACAACAUUCACAACCACAGCAAAUAAUGAAAAAAACCUCAUCGAUCUCAGCCACUUUACCUGUUGAGCGUUUAUGGUUAAAAGCAUGUGAAACCCUAUUGGAUGGUGGUCCAUUACACGUUGUUGCAGAAUAUUUAGCAUACGGAUGUGAUCCAUUGAGACAAUUAACUAUGGAUGAUAUCAAAUUAUUAAAUAUGAAAAAUAUUAGUUACAUUGAUUGUGUUGGUAAAACAUUGAAACAAUUAGCUUUUUUAACAGGACAAUUAGAACAGUAUCAAACAUUAGAAAAUGUUGUCUUGCAAUUUAAACAACAGCAACAGCAACUCAUCAGACAAACAAUGAAAAAGCAACAACAACAACAACAUCAAAGAACAAGACACGUGCCGGCAAAUAUUUGUCCAACACUAAUUGAAUUAACACAAUGGCAAUUUCGUACAUUUUUAAGAUUGAAAAAAACAACUGAAUUUCAGUGCUAUUAUUUAACAGAAUGUUUUACAUUCACAUUACCAGCUGAGAUUGGAGAUUUUCAUCAUCGUAUACAAGAUCAAGUCUUUGAAGAUUUAUUAGAUAAAAAUGUUCAACAAGAACUUGAAGUUGACAAUAGUAUAAUUAAUUGGAAUACAGAUAUAGCUAAUCGUCUUCAUUCUCGUUUAUACGCAUUAUGGAAUCGCAAUAAUGGUGAUUGUUUACUAGACAGUGUAUUACAAGUAUGCUUAGGUGUAUUUGAUACUGAAAACAGUUUAAGGCGAGCAAUGGCCGAAAGUCUUCAAAAUGGUUCAGCAAAAUUUUUUGAACUUUGGCGUGAGUACGAACAAAUGGUGGCAGAAAAACAUCAUUAUCGUCCAGAUGACUGUCAGUUGAGAAGUGAAUGGAAUCUCGUAUUAUCGUUAGCAAAUCAACCGGGUGAAUCGUUGGAACAUGCUCAUAUUUUUGCGCUCUCACAUGUUCUACGUCGUCCAGUAAUUGUUUACGGUGUUACUUAUGUGAAAUCAUAUCGUGGAGAAUAUAAUAUUGGUUUGGCAAGAUUUCAAGGAGUUUAUCUUCCAUUGUUAUGGGAACCAAAUUUUUGUUUUAAAUCGCCAAUAUGUCUUGGUUAUACACGCAACCAUUUUUCAGCUUUAGUACCGAUGCAAGAACAUGUAAACAGAAGUUCAAUACAAGCAGCAGCUACUAUUCAACUACAUUCUCCUUCAAUAUUAACGCUCAUGUCAACAUACACCGAUAACAACUCUUUCUCAUCACCAACAAUGCCCACAUCAUCAAAUUCAUCGCCAUCCUCUUCUCCGCCACCAUCUCUAUCUAUAAAUCGUCAUUCGUUGAAUACAAAUGAGAACAGUGAUACACAAACAUUUUAUCAUCCAUUGAUGGAUAGUGAUGGAAAUUUACUACCAGUUCAUUUUAUAUCACCAUCAGAGAUUGGCCAUGAACAAACAAUUUUGAAACAGUGGUUGGAUUGUUGUUGGAUUGGACAAACAUUGGUUGCACAACAGAAAGUUGGUAAACGGCCGUCUCUCAUUCAAAAUUUACUCGAUCAAUGGUUAAAUCUUUAUCGUCAACAACAACCAUAUUCAAAUAACCAAAUACGAAAAACGUCAGCUGACUCAAGAUAA